GCCGGCCUGCGUGUGUUUACAUCCGGCCCGGCGUGCCGCGUCGCCGCCCGAUGUGGUUCGGCUGGGCUCGUAGCCUUCGCACCAUGGACACCAGCGAUCUGUUCGCCAGCUGCAGGAAGGGGGAUGUGGGCCGAGUGCGGUACCUGCUGGAGCAGCGGGACGUGGAGGUGAACGUGCGGGACAAGUGGGACAGCACCCCCUUGUACUAUGCCUGCCUGUGUGGGCACGAGGAGCUGGUACUCUACCUUCUAGCCAAUGGAGCCCGCUGCGAGGCCAACACCUUUGAUGGUGAGCGCUGCCUGUAUGGGGCGCUGAGUGAUGCCAUCCGCCGGGCACUGCGAGAUUACAAGCAGGUCACAGCCUCCUGCAGAAGGCGGGAUUACUAUGACGAUUUCUUGCAGCGGCUUCUGGAGCAGGGCAUCCACAGUGAUGUGGUCUUUGUAGUGCACGGGAAGCCGUUCCGGGCACAUCGCUGCAUCCUGGGUGCACGUAGCACUUACUUUGCCAACAUGCUGGACACCAAAUGGAAGGGCAAGAGUGUCGUGGUCCUUAGGCACCCACUGAUCAACCCCGUGGCCUUCGGGGCCCUGCUGCAGUACUUAUAUACAGGCCGGCUGGACAUUGGCGUGGAGCAUGUCAGCGACUGUGAGCGCCUGGCCAAGCAGUGCCAGCUCUGGGACCUGCUCAGUGACUUGGAGGCCAAGUGUGAGAAGGUGUCCGAGUUUGUGGCCUCUAAGCCAGGCACGUGUGUGAAGGUACUGACCAUUGAGCCUCCCCCAGCAGAUCCCCGCCUCCGGGAGGACAUGGUGCUACUGGCCGACUGUGCCCUGCCCCCUGAGCUCCGAGGUGACCUUGGGGAGCUGCCCUUCCCUUGCCCUGAUGGCUUCAACAGCUGCCCUGAUGUCUGCUUCCGAGUGGCCAACUGCAGCUUCCUCUGCCACAAGGCCUUCUUCUGUGGCCGCAGCGACUACUUCCGGGCCCUGCUGGACGACCACUUCAGAGAGAGCGAGGACCCAGCAGCCUCGGGGGGCCCCGCCACAGUCACCCUGCACGGCGUCUCACCCGACAUCUUCACCCACGUGCUGUACUAUGUGUACAGUGACCACACUGAGCUGCCCCCUGAGGUGGCCUAUGAUGUGCUGAGUGUGGCUGACAUGUACCUGCUGCCAGGCCUGAAGAGGCUGUGUGGCCGCAGCCUGGCCCAGCUGUUGGAUGAGGACAGUGUGGUGGGCGUGUGGCGUGUGGCCAAGCUGUUCCGCCUGGCACGGCUUGAGGACCAGUGCACUGAGUACAUGGCCAAGGUCAUCGACAAGCUGGUGGAGCAGGAGGACUUUGCAGAGGCCAUAAGGGAGGAGGCAGCAGCUGUGGCGGCCCGACAGGAGACAGACUCCAUCCCACUGGUGGACGACAUCCGCUUCCACGUGGCCAGCACGGUGCAGACCUAUAGCGCCAUUGAGGAGGCACAGCAGCGGCUGCGGGCACUCGAGGAUCUGCUGGUGUCCAUUGGCCUGGACUGCUGAGCCGGUGCUGGCUGCCCCUGGGGGCUCCCUUGGCGACAAGUGUGUGUGCAUGUCUGUGUGUGUGCUGUUCUUCCUGCUUCUUCACACUCGGCUUCGUGGUGGGUGGAGAGGCCUCACUGGGGCCUCUCUAUGAGCCUGGGGACCUCGGGGACGGUCUCUUUGAGAUGAGCCCCCUCUUCAAAUGCACAAGCCAGCCCCCAAGACCCUGGGGCUGGGCACCACUCAGGGUCUGUUAGUACCUCCCUCCUUCCCUCAAAGCCGCCUCCCCAGCACGGCACAGCCCUGGCUGGCCUGACCCUGCUUGCUUCUCUGAGCUGCUCACAUGCACAGGGCUGGUCAGGAGGGGCCAGGAGAGUCUGUGUAUGGCAAUAAAGCUUGAAUUUAUUGUGGGA